CUGAACAUCUCCGUCUUCUUUCCCAGCCGACCAAGAAAGAACCUCCCGAUAUUUGGCAGCAGCAUCGAAGAGUAGAUUUCAUAUUUCAUUUAUAUUUCAUCAUCGCAUUAUUGCGAUUAUUGAUUAUUCCACGAGGAUGGCGUCCAAACACGUCGGCGUCUUCUUUCAUCUUCUGCUCUUCUCAUAUCAAACCUCCGCGUUUCCAACACCGACACCAUCCGGCGAGGAUCUAUUCUUGUAUGAUGGACUGCUGACAGGAGAAAGAUUACCUGAAGAGCAGAUUGCUGAAGCAGACAAUGUGAAAGCUGCAGUACAGUUGGCUGAGAGGAAGCAGGAGGACCAGGAUGAGGUUGUGGUCCUCAACCAGAAGGUGAAGGACCAGGAUGAGGACCAGGAUGAGGUUGUGGUCCACAGCCAGAAGGUGAAGGACCAGGAUGAGGACCAGGAUGAUGAGGUUGUGGUCCACAGCCAGAAGGUGAAGGGGGUGAAGCACCACUUUGUUCCAGAUGACUCCGAUUCCACCAAAAGUAGACGUCUGGCGCAGGACUAUGAUUCUACCAAGAACGCCAUGGAACAUGAUGAGCCGGAGACGUUCCGUCAGGUUGACGGUUCAACGCUGACCUCGGAGGACAUCGUCCAGAAGAUGGCCAACAAGAUCUACCAGGAGGAUGACCGAGGAGUCUUUGACAGGAUCGUUUCCAAGCUGCUCAAACUUGGCCUGAUAACAGAAAGCCAAGCAGACACUUUGGAGUACCAAGUAGCGGAGGCUCUGCAGGAUCUCAUCACCAAGAAUGCCCAAAAGAAGGAGGUUGAAGGAAGCAAGGAGGAGAUCAGAGAGGUGAAGGACAAGCAGGAACAGGAUCAAUGGAAGUCCAGUGAGGAGGAGGAGGAGGAGGAGAAGGAGGAGAAGGAGGAGAAGGAGAAGAAGGUGAUGGAUGAGGUGGACAGGGAUGCAGAAGAUGAGAUUGAAGACAAGGUGUGGGACAAAGAAGACAGAGAAGAUGAGACUGAAGACGACAAAGAAGACAGAGAAGAUGAGACUGAAGACAAGAAAGAAGACAAUGAAGUCCACCCAGAGGAUGGUCUUCAGGACCUGCAGUACUUCCCCAACUUCUACCGCCUGCUCAGGAGCCUCCAUUCAGAUGAAGAUGCUGAGGAGAGAGAGACUCUGAUCACCAUCAUGAAGACGCUGAUAGACUUUGUCAAGAUGAUGGUCAAGUACGGCACCAUCACACCUGAAGAGGGCGUGGCCUAUCUGGAGAAUCUGGACGCCAUGAUCGCCAUGCAGACUAAGAACAAGUUGGGAAAGUCUCUGGGACUUCAGGACUUUGCAGUUGGAAAGAAUUUGGACGAGGAUGACAACACGAAGGCCGAGGCUUCCAAGAUGCAGAAGGAGUAUGAGAACCUGGAGGACUCCACCAAGGAGGAUCAGCCACCUACAAGUCAUACCAACGGGCCUGGCAAGUCGCAGACCUACUUGGAGGCCAUCAGGAAGAACAUUGAAUGGCUGAAGAAGCACAACAAGGAAGAAGGCAAAGAAGACUAUGACUUGUCCAAACUGAAGGACUUCAUGGACCAGCAAGUGGACUCUUACAUUGAGAAGGGAAUCAUCGCCAAGGACGAGGGAGACACCAUCAAGAGAAUCUACAGCAGCCUGUGACCUCCUCCUCCAUCCCUAGAACCGUGACAUAAUCCCUAUCCCUAGAACCGUGACCUCCUCCUCCAUCCCUACAACCGUAACAUAAUGCCUGUCCCUAGAAUGGUGACCUCAUCCUCCAUCCCUACUACCGUGACAUAAUCCCUAUCCUUAGAACCGAGUCCUCAUCCUCAUCUCUAGAACCGUGACCUCAUCCUCCAUCCCUAUAACCGUGACCUCAUCCUCCAUCCCUAGAACGUGACUUCAUCCUCCAGCCCUAGAACCGUGACCUCAUACGCCAUCCCUAGUACCGUGACCUCAUCCUCCAUCCCUAGAACGUGACCUCAUCCUCCAGCCCUAGAACCGUGACCUCAUACGCCAUCCCUAGUACCGUGACCUCAUCCUCCAUACCUAGAACGUGACCUCAUCCUCCAUCCCUAGAACUGUGACCUCAUCCUCCAUCCCUAUAACCGUGACCUCAUCCUCCAGCCCUAGAACCGUGACCUCAUACGCCAUCCCUAGUAUCGU